CUCCUGCCCCGAGCCCGGCCCGGCAGCCUCGCCAUGGUGAACCUGGGCGUGCGGCGGGUGGAGGAUGAUGUGGCCGCCAGACACCCGGCGCUGCAGCAGUACGCGGCCUGCCAGUCUCACGCCUUCAUGAAGGGCAUCGGCACCUUCCUGGCAGGCAGCGGGGCCGCCUUCGCGGUGCAGAACAUGGCUCGGCAGAAGCUGCCGUACAGCCUGCAGUGGAGCCUGCUGUUGGCUGCGGCUGCAGGGUCCCUCGGAAGCUACGUGGUAACCAGAGCUGAGACACAGAAAUGCUCCAACUUCUGGAUUUAUCUGGAGACAGUGGGUUCCUCAGCAGGGCUGGUGAUGUGGGCUGGCUGCACUUGCUGCUGCCUUCUGCCCUGCCUGCUUUGGAUAUUCAUGAAAGCCAGCACAAAAAGCUUAUUUGCUGGAAGAGGAAGGAGAAGAUAAGGGAUGGAGAGAGCAACUGAGAAAACCUCCCUAGUGCAGAAGAUGGGGACGGCACUGCAACACUGCUGAGGAGAAACAGGUACGGUGACGUGGUGGAGUAGCCAGCAGAGCAUAGCCUGCCGUGCUCGUGUCCCACUUCACUCCCUCCUGUCUGCCCAGCCUGAUGCUGCCCAUGCUGCCCGUGAGGGCGGUGGGCUUGGUGACACUUCUGGAAAGCUCACAGGACUUGAUCCUGCCAGAGAGAGCAUGGUGGAGGCACCUCAGGGAUUGCUGCCUGCCCCAUGGCCUCUGCACAUUCCCCUGGGGGUACAAUAAAAGUUGAGAGCGGAAUGCA